GUGCGUAGGAUAAGCAGAGAUUUGAAGUGGAAAGGAAGGUGAUUCGCCAGUCGCCACUACGGCACUAAUGGAAGCUUUUGAUUUUCGCAAUAUUAUCAGCAUCGUCAUCUUCACUCAUUCCUUUCUCAAACUACUAUAUAAUACUAUUACUCCCUUCUUCAGAUCUCUCUCUCUCAAAAAGACUCUGACUUUCUGCUUCACUCGACAACCAAAACAAAGCAAAGUAGAUUCUAGAAGAUGGAGGAUUUGCCAUCCGGUUAUCGCCCCAACGUCGGAGUCUGCCUCAUCAACUCCGACGAUCAGGUUUUUGUGGCUUCUAGAUUGAACGUUCCAGGAGCAUGGCAAAUGCCUCAGGGAGGAAUUGAAGAUGACGAAGAUCCAAAGACUGCUGCAAUGCGGGCAUUGCGAGAAGAAACUGGCAUAAUCUCAGCUGAAAUAAUAGCAGAGGUCACAAAAUGGAUUACUUACGAUUUCCCACCAGCUGUGAAGACCAAAGUGAGCCGUGUUUGGGGAGGUGAAUGGUUUGGACUGGCUCAGAAAUGGUUCCUUAUGAGGUUAAUGACAAAAGAUGAAAGUGAGAUCAACUUAGCCAAUGUAGAAGCAGAUGCAGAAUUCUCGGAUUGGAAAUGGGUGAAACCCGAAGAGGUUGUUGAGCAAGCAGUGGAGUAUAAGAGGCCUGCAUAUGAACAAGUCAUGACAACUUUCAGACGUUACAUUGCUCCAAGUGCCAAAACGGCUAAAUGUGUCUCAUCAAAAUGGUGAAAAAGAAGGGUAAUAAAAGGUGAUACCUUAAUCUACUGCAAAUAAGUUUUUUUCUUUGUGCAAUUCUGCCAUGUGUAAAUUGUACAUAUGUAAUGAGACCGAGAAACAAGCCUAGCUCGAUUGAAUUUUGAUAGGCUCUAUUUGCAAUUUCUGAUGUGUAACGCUAUAAUUGUUGUAGACUGCUCUUGACUGAGCAUUAUAAGGUUCUUCAGAGCUUGGUUGA